AUGAGAGGGAGGAUGGGAACCCAGGGCAGCCCGGUGAAGAGCUACGAUUACCUCCUCAAGUUCCUGCUGGUGGGGGACAGCGACGUGGGCAAGGGGGAGAUCCUGGAGAGCCUGCAGGACGGGGCCUCCGAGUCCCCCUACGCCUACAGCAACGGAAUUGACUACAAGACCACUACUAUCUUGUUGGAUGGCAGGAGGGUCAAGCUGGAGCUCUGGGACACAUCAGGGCAAGGAAGGUUUUGCACCAUUUUCAGAUCCUACUCCAGAGGAGCCCAGGGGAUUCUCUUGGUGUAUGACAUCACCAACCGCUGGUCCUUCGAUGGCAUCGACCGCUGGAUCAAGGAGAUCGAUGAGCAUGCCCCCGGGGUGCCUCGGAUCCUGGUGGGGAACAGGCUUCACCUGGCCUUCAAGAGGCAGGUGCCCACAGAGCAGGCCAGGGCCUAUGCAGAGAAGAACUGCAUGACCUUCUUUGAGGUCAGUCCCCUCUGCAACUUCAACGUCAUCGAGUCCUUCACGGAGCUGUCCCGCAUCGUUCUCAUGCGCCACGGCAUGGAGAAGAUCUGGAGACCCAACAGAGUGUUCAGCUUGCAGGACCUGUGCUGCCGAGCCAUCGUCUCCUGCACCCCCGUGCACCUCAUCGACAAGCUGCCCUUGCCUGUCACCAUCAAGAGCCACCUGAAGUCCUUCUCCAUGGCCAACGGGAUGAACGCGGUGAUGAUGCACGGCCGCUCCUACUCCCUGGCCAGCAGCGGCGGCGGCGGCGGCAGCAAAGGCAACAGCCUGAAGAGAUCCAAAUCCAUCCGGCCGCCCCAGAGCCCCCCACAGAACUGCUCACGCAGCAACUGCAAGAUCUCCUAGCAGGACACGCAGGGUGGGCUGGGAGCCCACCCGUGGACAGCUGUUGGCACACUCAGCCCUCUGCCCCCCCACCUUGCCCUCCGGGUGCCCUGGAGCCUGCUCACCUUUUGGCUCGGCGCUGGCAGGGGCAGCAUCCUGCCAAGUGACCCUCCAAGAAUGCUUUGGGCUUUGCCUCUCGGCCUGGGGUGGAAAAUUCAGCAGCU